AAAUGGAUCCGCGUGAGAAGCACGUACAGAUCCAAUUGCUUAAGUGCCACAGUUUCAUUUAACGAAAGAAAAAGAAACCGACAACUUGACAACAUGGAAAUAAUAUGACCGUUGGAAGAUAAAGAAGAAAAAAGAAAAAGAAAAAGAAAACUUUUAAAAGAGAAGCCAAAGAAUAUGAAACCAUUCUCUUUGUCAACAAGACAGAAUACACCCACUCUUUCUCUUUCAUUUCUUUCUUCUUAUUGUUCUCUGUAUUGAUGAAGAGAGGCAGAGAAGAGGGCAGCAGCGACAUGGAUAUCCAGGUUACAGAGGCAGAAGAGGAAGCACAUCCAUAUGCAUUUCAUGUUUCUGGGCCUCGAAAUGUUGCUUCUCCUAAUUGGAGAGACCUCAUCAAUUCCAGUUGGAAGGAUGAGAACUAUAAGAGAACAGUAAUUGCCUGCUUCAUUCAAGCAGUAUACUUGCUCGAGCUUGACAGACAAGAGCAUAGAACAGAAGAGAAUGCCCUUGCUCCAAAGUGGUGGACGCGCUUCAAGUACAAACUGACACAAACAUUAGUUGACGAAAGAGAUGGAUCGAUAUUUGGCGCAGUAUUAGAAUGGGAUAGAACUGCAGCAUUUGCUGAUAUGAUACUCAUUAGACCUAGUGGAGCGCCUAAGGCCGUUUUAGCACUCCGAGGAACACUACUCAAAGGCCCAACGAUGCGUAGGGAUAUUGAGGAUGACCUCCGCUUUCUGGCUUGGGAAAGCUUGAAGGGUUCUGUUAGAUUCAAAGUAGCACUAGACGCUUUAAAACUGGUUGCUGAAAGCUAUGGAAGCAGCAACGUAUGCAUUGCUGGCCAUUCCUUGGGUGCUGGCUUUGCUUUACAAGUUGGAAAAACAUUAGCUAAAGAAGGGGUAUAUGCGGAAGCCCAUUUAUUCAAUCCUCCUUCGAUUUCUAUAGCUAUGAGCUUAAGGAAUAUAGGGGAAAAAGCUGGAAUUGCUUGGAAGAAACUUAAAUCAAUGCUUCCUUCAAAUAGUGAAUCUCAGGCUACAAAUGAUGCUGAGGACAAGACUUCUAUUGUAGGAUUGAGGAAUUGGGUACCUAACUUCAGGGAAAAAACUUCAGUAGGGUUAAAAAAAUGGGUACCUCAUCUAUAUGUGAAUAAUAGUGAUUAUAUAUGUUGCUACUACACUGAUCCUGAUGGAGGAGCUCAAGAUAAAAAUGGUGAUGAUAAGGAGAAUAGGGGUGAUACAAAUGGUGGACAAGUUGCAGCAAAGCUGUUUGUGAUGUCCAAGGGAAAGCAGAAGUUUAUGGAAGCUCAUGGGUUAGAACAAUGGUGGUCUGAUGAUUUGCAGCUUCAACUUGCUCUUAAUAAUAGCAAGCUGAUAAGCAGGCAACUGAAAUCAUUGUAUAGCCUUCCAGCCCCACAACCAACACACAGAAUGUGAUGAUGCUUUCAUUGUUUUGCUGCACAUUGUUAUUCCUGUUACCAUUCUGGUGUUUGUAACUGCUUACAAAUGUGAUAAAAGGAAAAUUGCAUUUAUUCUUUAUACAAUCUUUUUUAUUCUGGUAA